CGAUCAACAAUAAAGAAUAGAGAUGAAAACUGCUUGUGAUGACAGCCAACAACCGAAAAAAAAAGCAUUACAAUUCUUUUGAGAGCUUAGCCCAUAACACGGAUAUCACAGCAACUUAUCUAAUAUGGCGAAUCGACUCUCCCAUUCCCUCAAUGAGAUUGAAUCUCACACUCCCGUCAUCAAGGCGCAAGCUACCGAGAACGAUGUUGCCUCCAAGAAUGGCGAGCAGAUUGAAGAAGGUGACCACGUGUAUACGAGGAUAAGGGGUGGAAGGCACGAGGGGAACGUAAGCGCUCAUCGAUCCGACUCCACGACUUCGUUACCCAACAAUCAACAACAAGGAAAGGUUAACAAGAUCGUGACGGACCAAGAGGAGGCUGAUGCAGAAGAUGUAAAGCAUCCGCCAAAGGUACUAUUUACGGACCAGAAGGGGAAAGAUGUAGCGCACAAUCCAGGUACACUUGAUGUCACAGAUAGAGCCUGAUGGAUACUUGUUCUCUCAAGCCAAGUCGAUAUCAGCAGGAAGUACGGGACAGAGAUGUGACUUUCCAUGUAUACUGGACUACAGCAAACGACCGGAAUGGGAGGCAAAGCCAAUUGAAUUCAAUACAUUAUGAUAUUCAUAUUGCAAAUCGAACCUCCUAACUUAC